AUGAAGACAACUCUGCUCCCGAGAGUUGCCGCCCCAUCGCCCUCGGUUUUGAGCUUCCUGCGAGCUCAAGUCAAUAAUGUUUUGGCAUCGCCAAUUGCGCAAUGCGCCCACGCCACUGGGCAGCGCCGCGGCCAUAGUAUCGUCAGUCAGAUAGGACGGAACCCAGGAAAUACGUCGCUCGGAAGGAUCACAAGCUACUUGAACAACAGAGGCGCCUCUGAGGGAAAAAGAUUCGUGACCUCAAACUGUCUAGUCGAGCAGAAGGUCUCUCAGCCUACUCUUGACCGUUCGCUUGUCCUUUGCCGCACCCCGCAAGUCUCGUUGCAGCAUGCCGAAUACUUCGCCCAUCGCUCGUUUUCCACGACGCGCGCCAACAAUGGAUGGAAUAUUUUCAAGUCUGCGAAGAUGCGGAAGCUGGCGCAAUUGCAACCGCCACCUCCUCCACCAGAUGAUUCGUCUUCAAGCUCGGCAGUAUUUGGCAGUAGUCUCGGGCGUAUCUCGCGGCCGACCAACGAGCUGAAGAUGCGCUGCACGGAAUUAGACGAGCAUGGCAACGUUACGCUUGUUAGUGGCGAGUUCAAGAAGAGCGAGUUGAUCGCAAAGUACGGUCUUCUUCCGCGCGACCUCCGCAAGAUCGACUCCUCGCUCCUCCCUCAUAUUCUAGUCCGACCAUCUGCGAUUCUCAUCAACCUUCUCAAUCUGCGGGUGUUGCUGAAACACAAUCGCGUCCUCGUAUUCGACGCAUACGGCACCACCGACUCAAAGUCACAGUCUGUGUUCAUGUACGAUCUUGACCUCCGACUUCGUCAGAAAGAAUCGACUCUGAACGGUGCCCUCGCAUACGAAUUUCGAGCGCUUGAAGCCGUCUUGAUUAGCGUGACACUGAGCUUGGAAAAGGAAUUCGAAGGAGUUAGCGAGCCAGUUGUGCGCGUCUUGAGGGAGCUCGAAGAAGACAUCGACCGCGACAAGCUCAGGUACCUGCUGAUUUACAGCAAGAAACUGGGUAGCUUUGAACAAAAGGCAAGAUUGGUUAGAAAUGCACUGGAAGAAUUGCUGGAAGCCGACGACGACUUGAGCGCCAUGUACUUGACUGAAAAGGCAGAGGGCAAGGUGCGCGAGGACGACGACCACACUGAAGUCGAGAUGCUCCUGGAAUCGUACCACAAAGUUGCCGAUGAAAUUGUACAGGCGGCUGAGAACUUGGUAUCCAGCAUCAGGAACACUGAGGAGAUUGUCAAGGCUAUUCUCGACGCCAACCGCAACUCGCUCAUGCUCCUCGACCUCAAGUUCUCUAUCCUCACACUCGCGAUAACAGCCGGUACCUUUGUCGCAGCACUCUACGGUAUGAACCUGAAAAACUUCAUUGAGGAAUCCGACUAUGGGUUCUACGGCAUCAGCGCUUGGUGCUCCGUCUUUGGUGCUCUCGUCGCAGUGUAUGGCCUGCUUAGGCUGCGCAAGGUCCAGCGCGUCAGCAUGUACGGCCACGGCCCUGGUGCGCUUGUUGCUCGCGAGCCCACUAGGCCAGCGAUGCCUGCAGGAGGAGGAUGGGGCCUUGGAGCCUGGGGUGGUGGCAGUAGGAACGGUGUCAGUAGAGGAGACAUGCACCCUAUGAUGCAUCCUGGAGCACAUGACUUGGGUAGUAUGGCUAAGAGAAAGGAUUCGCUCGCUAGUAUUAUGGAAAGAGAGAGGGCAAUGGCGAGGAAGAUGGCAAAGGGCGACUACAGAGGCGACGAUGGCAGGAGAAACUAG